UCAACAAAACCACUGAUACUCAGAGAUUUCAGUGCUUAAUAACAGUUGCGUAUAUAAAGACGAAGAAGCAAGUAAAUAACUUAAAUUUAGUACCUCAUCAGUCGUCUAGCAGUGAGUGUUGUUACAGUUGGCCGGAGGAGUUGUGGUGAUCAGUUAGGGGGAGAAUCAGUUCUACGCAAAACAGUUCCAAGUGGAUCCCUAGUUUGUGAAAAUGAGUGACGACGGCGGGCGUGUGGCUACAGGCAAUGGGAGUAUUCCUAAUAUGGAUUCUAAUAAUGCUACCAGUGAGUCAAUAGCCCGGCUGCAACAAGAGGCUUCUAUCCGUAAAAUCCGAAGUAAAUUAGAAGAAUGCAAGACACACUUUAUGAAAGAUAUGCAAGGCAAAUUCGCAUGCAUGAUUGAUGACGUCAUCAAGGAAAUGCAACACAAUGAUCUUCACCUCAACGAAUUCAAAGGUCUGAUUUCCGAUCAACAUACGGAAAUUUGGAAAAAUCGGCCCAAGGCCGUGCAGAAGGAGAAAGGAAAACGACUAGGAGAUAAGAUAUUCACUGCCCGAGAUUCAAUAUUCACCUGCCUCUACCGCGUGCCUCACAUGAAGACCAUAUACCAUUCCUUUUUGGUGAUGCUAUUUAUGAUGGUCUCGCACACCGCAAUCCAUGACUAUGUUACAAAAGGAGUAUUAAAUUUUGGCCAGCGAACAAUUAAUAACGGAAUGAGAGGAUUUUGGCGAGGUGUGGGAAUAUGGAGUGUGAUGCAGGCAUCUGUAUUUUUAGUCUAUUUUGGUCUAAAGCUUUGGGCGCAAGUUCGGCUCACUUUCAGAAAAAAUGUACCCCUUCGACAUCUUUGGGAUGCAGUGUGCCUAUGCCUGUUUGUAUCCUUCCAAUUAUUCUUCAUGGCUGCUGCAACAUAUGCAGUUAUCCGUCUGGAUCUGGCCUUCGUCGCGGUAGCCUCAGUUUUGCUCGAAAUGACUCGAAUGGUGAUGAAGAUGCACGCCUUUGUACGUACAAAUGGAGGACGAAUCCUUGAUGGAAAACUGAAGGUGGACUCGGAGGAAACAGCUUCAAACGAACUCGUCAGAUAUCCUUCACUUUCCCAGUUCACAUACUACUUUUUCGCCCCGACAUUCAUCUAUCAGGACAGCUAUCCACGGACAAGCAGGAUCGAUUGGAGUUUCGCAAUAGCCAGACUCUUGGAAGUUGUUGGCGUGAUGUUCUUCAUGGCCAACAUUCAUGAGCGCUACAUUGAGCCGAAUUUCCAGAACUUCGGCAAGGAGCAAAUUACCCCCGGCGAUUUGGUAGUGAAAUUGUUUAGUAUGAUCCUGCCUGGAUUCUUAAUAUUUCUCAGUGGAUUUUACUGUGUUUUGCACGCUUGGCUCAACUUUACCGCGGAAGUUCUUCGCUUCUCCGAUAGAAUGUACUACAAGGAUUGGUGGACCGCCCACAAUUACGACUCUUUCUAUCGCAAUUGGAAUGUGGUCGUCCAUGACUGGCUCUAUGAAUACAUCUACAAAGACAUGUUCCACUACGUUUUCCGUGGUUCGAAAACUGCAUCCAGCAUAACAGUGUUUUUGGUUUCAGCCAUCAUUCAUGAGUACAUACUUAGCACAGGCCUCAGGUUUUUCCUUCCGGUUAUGUUUUCGUUCUUUGGAGUUCUCGGUGUUAUCGUUGUUUUCCUUACAAGAAAGGUGAAUAGAACAGCUGGAAAUCUGUUCCUUUGGUUUUCCUUAAGUUUAGGAAACGGAUUAAUGGUUAGUCUUUAUGCGAUGGAAAGCUAUGCUCGGGAUAAUUGUCCUGUCAAUAACGAUUCAUGGCUGAACUACUUUAUCCCAGUUAUAUUGACUUGUAAUGGUCUCAAAUAAUUAUAAUUUAAUGUUCUCAGUAGCCGGAAAAUUAUUACAGUUAAGCGUCUUACUCAUUUCUAGAUUAAGUUAGAAAUUAGUUAGUCUGAUUUUUAAAUUUGUAAUAAAAGGUUCUUAUAAAUGCA